AAAAAUCUUAAAACAUUUUUUUUUUUUAAGUUUUUUAACAUUGUCUUAUCCAAUUAUUAAAUUUUAAUAACUUUUGUCCAUUUUCUUUAAAUUUUAUGAAUUUUUUAAAAAUUGAAUCACCAAAAAUGUCAUGUCAAACUACUACUUCUAUAAUUUCUAAGGAAUCGCCUUUAUUAUCACUUCCGUUCCCACCUACUAUUAGUGCUUCAGAUAUUAUAAAUAAACGUAAACCUUGUAGAUUUAUAUCAAAAAGUCCAAAUGCAUUUUUGAUUUAUCGUAAAGCCUUUUUAGAUCAUUUAUCCCUUACGAAUCACAACCUUAGAAUGACGGAAGUCUCUAAAUUAGUGAGUAAUCACUGGAAGAAUGAAACAGAAUUUGUUAAAGAUGCAUAUCGUAAAAUUUCACAAGACGUAGAAACUGAAUUAAGCGAAAAACGUAAAGAUUGCGUUUCUUAUAGAGUUGUGUGGAAAAAUUCUAAAUAUAAUACUACUCGUAAACGAAAUAAAUGUGGAAAAAUGGGAAAGGCGAUGAAAAAUAAAGGAAAUAAAUUUGAUGCUAUUCAAUCUAUUACAAAAUUUAAACCUACUGCCAACCGUGGAAAUAUAUUUUAUCAAUUUGUACCCGCUUUUCCUAAUAUUGAACAUAAUUCAAAGAGCUCAAAAAAGCAUGAGAAAGAAGUUAUUUCAACUUCUGAUCAUGAAAAUGUAUGUAAUUCUCCAGAGAUUUCUUCCCAGAAUUCAGAAUAUUCAGAAAAUUCGGAACAUUCAGAACAUUCAGAACAUUCGGAACAUUCAGAGCAUUCAGAGCAUUCAGAAUAUUUAGAAUGUUCAGGAUUUAACGAGUUUAAUGAAUAUCCUAAUUAUCAAGCGUCUAAUUAUGAUUUGGAUUGUAAUCAACUAAAUCAAUUAUAUACAAAUUUUAAUAAUUGUAAUGAUUUUAAUGAUCAGUUUUCUGAAUCCCUUAUAAAUGAACAGCAAGAACAAUUAAUUUAUCAAAAUAUUCCAAAAAAUAAUAGUAUUUACGAAUUUGGAUUGGAUUGGUAUUUGCAGAGCUUUAUGUAAUUUUUAUUUUUAAAAAAUCAUUUUUAUAUACAUAAAGCAAAACUUAUGAAUUGUAAAUAUGGAUUCUUUAUGUAUACUUCACUUUUUCUACGUUAUCAGUGGGGUUUUAGUUUAAUAGAAACUUUUGGAUUUCGUUUAAUAAAAUAUUCGGGAUUCGGGAUUCGUUUAAUAAAAACACUUGGAAUUCGUUUUAAGCAAACACUUGGAAUUCGUUUAUUAAAAACUCUUAGAAUUCGUUUAUUAUGAAACACUUGGAAUUCGUUUAACACAAACACUUGGAAUUCGUUUAUU